AUGAUUGCAUUGCAAGGCCUGGCUCACAGUCGCUUCUUGCGCAUGAACACUUCGAUGAUCGACGCCUCAAGACCCGCGGACCAGAUCUUCUUUGAGGACUUCGCCUGGGCGCUCUUCACUGUAGUUGACGCCGACAGCGGGGAGAUCGCGCUGCACAACACCUUCCACAACCGCUUCGUGCGCAUGAGCAGCGCGGGGAUGGACACAAGCGACUUCAGGGCUGCAGAUGAGCUUCCCGCAGACUCGAUGGGGGAGCGAUUCGCUGUGGUUGAUAUUGAGGGUGGGUCCAUCGCUUUGCACAGCGGCGUCCACAACCGCGUCUUGGCAGUUCGAUAUUGUGUGGACGUGCUGGUAUGUUGUUCGACAACACAGAACGCAUCAGAGCUGCCGUCGGCCUUUGAGCGCUUCCGUGUGGUGCAGGUCAAGCCCUUCCUGGAGCCCGGUUCCGUAGUAGCCUUGUACUGCACGCGCUGGAGCCGCUUCCUGCGCAUGAACGAUCAGGCGGACAUGGAUAGCGCUCCGACGGCAGCUGCAGGCGGCUACGGCGACUACAGCAGCGACCAAGAGGCUCCGGGCGGCUAUGGCCCUGUCGGCAUCGGUUACGGCAGCGGCGGCUACGGCCAAGGCGGCUACGGCGGCUUCGGCCAGGCCACCCUUCCAGAUCCUGGGAGCUGGGAGCUCUUCACGGUUGUCGAUGCCGGGAAUGGGAAGAUCGCGCUCCAUAACGCUGUGCACAACCGUUUUGCUUCUUGGCUGUGGGGUAGCUUUCCUGUCUUUGGGGGACUUGAACUGAUAUCUGACCCAUUGCAACAUCGAAGAUGGUGCAUGUUCCAAUGUGACUGA